AUGUUUACCACGGAGAACCUCAUCCUCCGCGGAUUCCAAGAUAAUGAUCUAGGGGAAAUUCUUGCUCUGCGGAACGACCCCCUCGUCCAACGCACCCAGACAUUCUCAGCUAUUGCGCCUGCACCUUCCUCAAAGUACAAGGAGUAUAUGAAGACUUUUGCCGAGGGCUCAGCACUCUGGUUUUCUUUGGUACACAAGGAGUCCUUGAAUUUUAUCGGUUUCUGUUGCAUCAAUUUAUUGGAGGCGAAGAACCGGGAUGCACGCUUGGGUAUAACCAUUGCCUCUGAGUUCUGGGGGAAGGGAUAUGGAACGGAAGCCACGCGCUUCACUGUAAACCAUGCGUUCAGAUAUUUCGGAUUGCAGCGCAUCUCUUUGGAUGUUACAGAAGGCAAUGCCAGAGCACGGGCGGUUUAUGCCAAACUAGGUUUUAAGGUGGAAGGAAUAAAACGACGGGGAAAUUGGGUAGAUGGACAUUGGGAAGAUAUUAUCUAUAUGGGAGUUCUGGAUGAUGAAUGGACGGAGAUGUAUCCUGAGCACUGA